GUUACCAUAGAUACUGGCGGGGGAGGGUGGGGUUUAGAGGAAGCGGAAGUGGAAGUGUCAGCGCAGGCGGAAGUGGUACUGCCCUGAAUAUCCCGAGCAGCGAACCGAGGACAGCUUGAUACUCCCAUCGUUCAGAGAAAAAAAGCAAGAUUCAAAAUACAGUCUAAAUCCUCGACAUGGACAAGAACGACCUGGUACAGAAGGCUAAGCUGGCCGAGCAGGCCGAGCGCUAUGACGACAUGGCAGCAGCCAUGAAGGCGGUGACGGAGCAGGGCGGCGAGCUCUCCAACGAGGAGCGCAACCUGCUGUCGGUGGCCUACAAGAACGUGGUGGGGGCGCGCCGCUCCUCCUGGCGCGUCAUCUCCAGCAUCGAGCAGAAGACCGAGGGCAACGAGAAGAAGCAGCAGAUGGCACGCGAGUACCGUGAGAAGAUUGAGGCCGAGCUGCAGGACAUCUGCAAGGACGUGCUGGCACUCCUCGACAAUUACCUCAUCGCCAAUGCGACUCAGGCAGAAAGCAAGGUGUUCUACCUUAAAAUGAAAGGGGACUACUACAGAUAUCUGUCUGAGGUGGCGUCUGGAGAAUCAAAGAAGACCACAGUGGAGAACUCCCAGCAGGCCUACCAGGAGGCCUUUGACAUCAGCAAGAAGGACAUGCAGCCGACACACCCCAUCAGGCUGGGGCUCGCUCUCAACUUUUCUGUCUUCUACUAUGAGAUCCUCAACUCCCCCGAGCAGGCCUGCAGUUUGGCAAAGGCGGCUUUCGACGAAGCAAUCGCCGAGCUUGACACCUUGAACGAGGACUCUUACAAAGACAGCACCCUGAUCAUGCAGCUACUAAGGGACAACCUCACUCUGUGGACAUCAGAAAACCAGGGUGAUGAGGGGGAUGCCGGCGAAGGGGAGAACUAAAGGCGUUGCACAUCACUGUUAAUCCACCCACACCCUUCUCUCUUCUCUUACACAUAUACAGCCCGUACAUUCCCGCUCCAUCCAGCCUCUUCCUUUCUGUAUGACGAGCAGCAUGAAUUGUACCUGAUCUACCAGUUGUGCCCUUUCUCCGAUAUGCUCCAAGGCAACAGGGUAACACUCAGUUGUUAACAAGCCGAGUCUUGUUUUGUGAGGAGAGAAAAAAUUAUAAAAUUGCCCAGUUGAGUGGCAUGGCCAUUCUCUCCUCCACCUCCCUUCCUUUUGAUUCCCUCCAAACAUUUAAAAAAAGAUAUGUUCUUUCACCUAGCAAGUUUAUGCAUUUAUAGUAUCCAUUUUUUUGCUUUCCUAGUGUACUUGCGAUUUGCUGGUUUGACUCAGAAAAUGUAUUAAACUGUCGGUUUUAUUUUCAACAAACACUGUGAUGCUUAGUUAUUCUCCACAUAAUCACAUUCUGGACAAUAAAAUUCAGGACUGUAUGGUUUGAGUAGCAGUGCAAUUCUGCUGUGACCUCAUACAGAAUGGUAUAACGGGCUCUAUUAUGACACUGACUAACAUGCGUAUUGCUGUGUAUUGUUUGUUUAUUUUGCAUAUGGAAUUAAAAUGAAUAAAAGGGACCCUACUGUAGGUUUUGCCAUUCCACAUCUGUCCAGUUAUAAACAAGAAAAAAUAUAACAUUCCAUCAGAACCUAACAUUAAGACAAUAUACCUUUCUUGAACAAACCUGGACCAUUCUCCUGAACAGCUGUCAUCAAGGUGCUGUUUGAAAUCAGUACAAUGAUCCUGGUUUGUUCUUAAAUGUUACUUUUUGCUUUGUGUAAUAAUGACUCACUCUUUGGCUCAACUGUAAAUUGUAAACGUUUGCGGUAAAUAUAAAUCUGUCUUAAAUGUAAAUGUUAACCUGCUUGUAAAGAAACACCUUAAAGCCGUUUGCGUUGAACUUUGACAUUUUGGUUAUUCAAGCCUAUCUUGAUAGCCUUAUGCUGACAGUACAAAACUGACCAGUUUCCUUCAUGAAAUGAUUUCUAAGCGAAUGUAUGCUUUUGCCCACGACGAGUGUGUAAGCAAGUCCCCUAAUGUAAGAUGUGUAAGGAGGUUGUCUAUCAUAGUCAGAGAUGGCAUUGAUGCUUUUGUUUUGUGUAUCUCCAGAGGAGACCAUAUUAUAGUGGAAUGCGGUCAGUGGACGGGUUAGAUUCUGGAGUAGUGCAAGGACCCUUAAGAGGUAGCUGAAUUCACUCAGUGUCACAAUACCUUGUCAUCACCAUAACAUUCCACUUAGGUGUCGAAUUGAUCUCUCAGUCGGUCUUGCUGAAGACCAUGUUUCAUGCACUGAAGAAAAAUCUCCCCUUUUAGCUGAGCAAAUGGCAGUUAUUCUACGCUUGAUAUAUAUAAAAAAAGAAAUGCAGUAGUGAAUGUGGAACCGAGCCUGUCUGUAUAUCUGGUAUCUCCAAUUGCUUUAUUUUUACUGACCGGUAUUCUGCCUAAAGUUUGCUUCUGUGACGGUUUUAUUGCUUAGUGCGCACGUGGUUGUGACAUUUUAGACUAGCAUUAAAAAAAUACAAACAAACAAAAAAAAAACUGGUUAUUGACGUAAAACAACAUUUGUGUAUGUCUUUUAAAACAAUUCUAGUUUCACCUUACAUGUUAUCAGGAAAUGUAAAAGACAAUUUAAAGUGAAAUAAAAGUUUUAUCAGUUCCAAA